AUGUGCGUCAUCGACCGACGGGGCGCCUGCGCGUCCCGUGCUUCCUCGACUGACGGCAGAUGGUGCCCAGAGUUCCAUCCCACCCGUACGGAGUUCCAGUCCUUCGCCACUUACGUCCGCACCGUCGUCGAGCCCCAAUGCGCCAGGAUUGGCAUUUGCAAGGUCAUCCCACCUCGUGGCUGGUUCAGCCGCUCGUACGACGUCGCUGAGCUCAAGUGCCAAACAAUGCGUCCCGCUGAGUUUAAAACAAUGACAGAAGCAGCUACGGACAGAGAACCCAAUGACGCAGAGGAUCCGUUGGAAGUGGAAAGGCGAUUCUGGAAGGGGCUGCGGGGAACAAUGGACCCGCCCGUGUAUGGGGCAGAUAUUGUGGAUUCGCUGUUUGGGGACGUCGACGCGCUGUCGUGGAACCUAAACGAUCUCAACACGAUUCUGCGCAAGAUCGACCUCCCUGGCGUCACGCGCGCGAUGCUGUACUUUGGCAUGUGGAGAGCAAUGUUUGCGUUUCACACGGAGGAUAUGGAUCUGUAUAGCAUCAACUACUUGCACACGGGAAAACCCAAGUUUUGGUAUGGUGUUCCUCCUGAUUCUGGUCCUCAGCUGGAGAGAGCUGCACAAUCGAUGUUUCCUGAAAAGCAUCACCAGUGCCACCAGUUCCUGCGCCACAAGACAUCUCUGAUCUCGCCUGCCCGACUGAAGGAGUUUGGCGUCCCGUUCUAUCGAGCGUAUCAAAAGCCAGGCGAAUUUGUGAUAACGUUUCCGUCUACUUAUCACCAGGGGUUCAAUCUCGGGUACAACAUCGCUGAAGCUGUCAAUUUUGCGAUGCUGCACUGGAUUCCGUACGGGUUGAAAGCAAAGGUUUGCAAAUGCCUCCCCGACAGCGUAAGGAUCGACAUGGAUUCCUUCCUCACGCAGCUGUUCCAAGAGCCUCAAUGCAGUACCGAGCUCUUGGGCGAAGAUCCCUGGAUCUUCAGCUGCAAGUGUAACAAGUACUGCAGCAGCAGCACUCAUCAAGCCGUUGUAGAGGAACAAUGGUUUGAAUGCUCGAAAUGCAAAAUCUGGGCCCACAUUCGCUGCAUUCAUCCUGCUUUGGCUGAUGUAGCAGCCAAUGACCUUCCCCAGUCGCUGCUGUGCCACCGCUGUCUUGAUGAGGAAGCUGGAGGAACGUCACCCGCACCGCCUACCGCCGGAGUCGGGCGCCGAAGUGGCACGGCAUCAAAAACCACCAUGCGAGGCAGUCUACGUAAGCGAGGCAAAGAAGCUAAGGUCAGCUCCAAGCAAAAACCGGCAAGAGCAUUAGCCUCCGUCGCCAUGCUGUCACCGCCACGGAAGAACAAAGUCACGUCAAAAGGCAGUCGAGGCGUGAGUCAAGCAGGUGCUUUCACGCCAACGAAAGGCAGUGCCCACAAGUAUUUGACGGUCAAGGGCUCAACGAUCCGAUUCGAAGACACGGAGGCAAAAGUUGUGGCCAUCCAGGGCAAGUUCAUUCGCGUGCACUACAAAGGCGAUUCUGUCGACAAUGACGAGUGGCUGUCAGUAACUUCGAGAGAGCUGCGACGACGAAUCAUUGCUGUGGAGCCGCCAGUACCGAGUCGGAAGGCGUGA